CUUCCUAAAAAAAAUAAAAAAUGAGAAGCAAGUUUUUUGAAAAGAACGAGGAUGAAGAGACACUUUUACCCAAGAAACAACGUCAAUAUGGACGGUUCUUGUUGUAUUCGCUUUUUUGCGUUGCGGGAAUAAUUUUGGUGUCUGUGCAGAGCUUCAAGAAAGAGCCUAGACGGAACGUGAUCAUGAUGGUGAGUGAUGGGUUUGGUCCUGCUUCAGAAACAUUUGCACGACAGUAUUACAGUUGGAAAGAAGAUUUACCUGUCAAAGCGGUCUUUCCACUGGACAAGAUCAUGGUGGGACAAAGUCGUACCCAGAGCAGUUCGAGUUUAAUUACCGAUAGUGCUGCUGGAGCCACUGCCUUUGCUUGCGCCCUCAAAUCCUACAACGGAGCAAUUGGAGUGGAUCCGCAGAAAGUUCCUUGUGGUACCGUUUUAGAAUCUGCAAAGCUUCAUCGUCAUAUGAAGACAGGCUUGGUCGUCAAAUCUCGUAUCACGCAUGCUACGCCCGCGUCAUUUUCGGCGCAUGUGAAUUGGCGCGAUUGGGAGAACACGAUUGCAGAGCAACAGGUGGGUUAUACGACACUAGGAAGGACAGUAGAUCUGAUGUUUGGUGGAGGUCUCUGUCAUUUUUUGAGCAACGCGACAGAAGGGAGUUGUCGAACGGAUGAACUGGAUUUGCUGACAAAGGCUAAGGAGGAUUUUGGAUGGCAGGUCAAGUCAAGUCGUGAAGCGUUUGAUGAUUUAGAUGAACAUGCCAAGUUACCCUUGUUGGGUUUAUUUGCCAACGAUCAUAUGGAUUAUGCCAUUGAUAAUGAUCCAUCGAUCCAGCCAUCUCUCCCAGAAAUGACACAAAAGGCGCUAGCCAUUCUCAAGAAAUCGAGCAAGAAGCAUGGGUUUUUCUUGAUGGUGGAAGGAAGUCGAAUUGACAUGGCUGGUCACAAUAAUGAUCCUGCAGCGCAUUUUCACGAGAUUUGGGAAUACCAAGAAACUGUAAAGGCUGUAUUAAAGUUUGCAGCGGAGAAUCCUGGUACGGUCGUCAUCUCAACCAGUGAUCAUGAAACAGGUGGACUUACGGUGGGAAGACAAACCACUGACACGUAUCCUGAAUACGAAUGGAAUCCUCAAGUAUUAGACCAGGUUCGUAAUUCGUCAGAGGUGUUGGGUUUCAUGUGGGCGAAAGCGGUACGAGAAAAGACCGAUACAAAAGAAUACCUGCUGUAUACGAUUAUUGAACAAGGACUGGGAAUUAAGGAUACCACAGAGGAAGAAUUAGCUCAUUUAUGGGCAUGGAAAAGUAGUGGUACAGGUGUAGAGUUUUUCAUUGUGAUUCUUUCCGAUUUGGUCAGCAAACGCGCUCAAAUUGGGUGGACAACGAUGGGUCACACGGCGGUGGAUGUCAACUUGUAUGCGUAUGGUCAUCAAACAGAGACCCUAAGAGGAAACCAUGAGAAUACAGAGAUUGGUGAUUUCAUUGUGGAUUACUUGGGUUUAAAUUUGGAGGAUAUUACCAAGCGAUUAAUCAAGGGUGAAAGAGGCAAGUCGAUGACAACAAAAGUACUUCCCAAAUGGUCUAAACAUGACCUUCAUUCCGAUUGAUUGAAACAAUAAAAAAUCAUUUUUUUUUUUUUUU